AUGAACGGCAGUGGUGAUGGCAGUGGACCUGGCGCAAAGAAAGGAGUUGAUAUCUACAAUCCAGAUUUGUCAGUCCAAGACAUCUUUGGAGAUUUGAAUGGAGGCAAUCUCUUGGACGCCAUCUUCAACACAUACCAGGUCGGUCAAAAGCAGAGGAUUCAGUUCUUCUUGGACACGAACACGCCAGACUCUGUGAAUGCACCGUUUGCCUCUAGAAUGCAAGGAAUCAUCAGGCAUGGUUGCAACCAACGGACUCACGCAGGGGUCAAGCGAGCUUAUGUGAAGUCAUGUCAGGCUCGCGGAAUUUGCGAAGGAGUCCGGGGAGAAUGUUGGGUGCAAGAGCCAUCGCGAUCCACCAAGUCAUGCAGCACUGGCAGCCCCUAUCGGGCGUUGUCCUACGGUUCUUUGCUGGAAGCGUUUUACGCUGCUUUGCAUCAGGAGCCUGGUAACAGCAAUUUGCUGAGGACAUUGCAACGCGGAAUAGAGGUCCGGAUAUUUGACUCCAGGAUGCCAGAUUCUAUAUCGAAGUAUCUGGUAAAACUUCACAACAGGUUUCACGGCGGUGCCGGCACUUCCUUUGUGGAGUUGAUGGCAUCUGUGCCAGACGUUGAAUUUGGUCUCAACAAGUACAAGAACGAUAACGGCAUCACUUGGCAGACCCGUGACUAUGAGUCAAAAUGUGCUGCUUGGUUGAAAAGUCAUCAAGACUGGGGAGAAACAUAUAACGAGUGGAAGCUGUAUGAGGCAGCCAGGGCAGCUUACAACCUUUUUCACAAGCGCUUGAACUGCUGGGAGAAGUUUUCGGCCACCAUGGGAGAGAGCUGCGACUACGGCAACGUGAAGCUUGUGAACAGUACUGUACUCCAGUGCAUCGUGAGCUGUGGGCAGGCUAUCCUCACCAACAUUUGGGACGGCAUGAGCGAAGACGACGUGCAGCUGUUGGUGAUAGAAUGCUCCAAACUCUGUGUUCCCCUUCUAGAAGAUUCUUCUGACACUUGGGCCUUUGACACUGUAUCCAAGAAGGGAAUGAUCACUCGACUUUUCACUACCAUGAUUGGAUCAGUUGUUUGCUCUGGCACCAGCAAGAAACGAAAAGCUGGAUCUGGUGGUAGCGCUCCAAAGCGCCGCGCAAAAGCCAAAGCCAAGAGUUCCGCAGGUCCUCCUGAGCCAGAGCUGCCAGAAGAGUCAGGUGUGCGAGACACGACAGUGACCUGUGACAAGGGUGUGCGACAGAAAUAUUGGGUUGAUGAUUUGAUGUCGCUCGCCAACCACAUUGUCAAAUCCUUGAAGUCGCUGCAUGCCUUUUCCCAGCUCAGCCAAGAUGAAUUCAUCGUGGUGAAAGAAGAAAUUGUCCGCGUUGGUUUGGUCUUUGCUUUCACUGGUAGCUAUGUCCUCGCAACAGGGUCGAGUGAUAAAGGAAAGCAUUAUCGGAAAUGGAGCUCCUUGCGACCUGCGCUCAAGUCCUUUGCAGUGCAGCAGUUGGUGAAGGAGUGUAUGAGGGCUCACAAGUUGCAGCUGACCAACGCAUUGAUGAGCUCUGGAGUGUCUGGUGCAGGGUCAGAUGGAAGCUCCUUGGACCAGCUGGUCGCAGGGUCAUCAGAAAAGUCCUUUGCAGAUGAGACACUGAGCAUUGCAUCCAAGCUAGGAUGGGCAAUCAACACUGAUGCUCUGGGCACAAUCAAGGACUUGGACAUGACGCCCAGCCUGAUUCUGCCUUUGUUCCGAUUGCGAGCGCACUACAUGGUUCAAUUGCUGGUGAGCAUUUGUGAAACAUCCGCAUCUUCACUCAAGACUUUGUUCUCCCGAUUGCGCGACACAAGUGUUCUCCAGUCCCUCAUAGAGCUUGAUGGCUGUGUCAUUGGUGGAAUUGACACUUUUUGCGAAGUGUGGCAUACAGCUUUCCAGGUACUGAAUGACAACAAAGCCUUGGAUGUUGGAGCCAUACUCAAGACCCAUGAUGUCAAGGCAGUCACAGCCAAAGCCAAGAACUUGGGAUUGGAUUCGGGAACGGAGACACAGAAUCAGGGUGGUGGAAAGGGCGCACAGCCGCAACCGCCAGACCUCUUUGGCUUGAACAAGUUGAUCCAGUUUACCACUUCUUCUGAUGGAAUCCUUGCGGCUGACAAGAACUUGGCCUUGAUGCAGCAGAUGCAAACGUGGUUGCUCCAGUUUGCGAGGCCGGUUGAUGUUAUGAUUGAUUGUCAUAAUCGAGUCAUAGUCAUAACGGGUGUCAAUGUUGUUGAUUCAUUGUGA